AUAAUCAGAAUAAAGGUCAGUUGUUGCUGAAAAGCCAGAGUGUGGAGCUAAGAUGAAGUCCUGCCUUUAUCGGAUUGAACCUGACUGAGCAGAUCCGAGUCUGAUUCACGUCUUCAGAUCUGUCUCCAUCCAGCCAUCUAUCCAUUUGUCUGUGCUGAGGAGAAAUGGAGCUUUGGCCGCUUCAGGUGUCACUUGAAAGCCCCAGAGAUUCAGACACACCCUUGUCAACCAGUCACAGAUCCAGCUCUGUUAACGGCACCAGGGAGCCUGAUGGUGUCACCUUCUUCAUCAUCCAGGGCCUCUCCAGCCUCGGUGACAGACAGAUGAUCCCAUUUGUCAUCCUGCUGCUGGGUUACGUCAUCAUCCUGGGAGGAAACAGCAUGAUCAUCUUUGUGACACUGACUGAUCCAAAGCUCCACUCUCCCAUGUAUUUCUUCCUCGCCAACUUCUCCUUUGUGGACAUGCUUUUUACCACCACCACCAUCCCCAAAAUGCUGGCUGGCUUCCUCUCAGAUGUGUCAGUCAUCUCAGUUCCAGGCUGCUUCCUUCAGCUGCAUUUUUUCAUUCAGCUAGGUGUUACCAGCCGUGCCAUCCUGACUGUCAUGGCAUAUGACCGCUACGUGGCCAUCUGCCACCCUCUACACUACACCUCCAUCAUGACCCGACGUGUCCAGCUGUUGCUUAUUGCAGGAGCCUGGGGCUUCAGCACCCUGUACCCACUGCCGGUGACCAUCUUUGCCUUUCUACGACCUUAUUGUGGUCUGAAUGUGGUCAAGCAUGGCUGGUGUGAUUUGUCAUCUGUAAGGCGUCUGGCCUGUGCUGACACCUCAGUGGAUAACAUUGUGGCCCUUUUCUUUGCCACAUUGUCUCUACUGAUCCCAGGCGUCCUCAUCCUGACCUCCUAUGUCCUGAUUGGCAUUUCCAUAUCAAAGAUGGGUGUUGGUCAGAGGCUGAAGGCCUUCAGCACAUGCGCUGCCCACCUGACUGUGGUGUCCAUCUCUUUCAGCUCAAUCUCCUUUGUUUACAUUUCCUACAGGGUGGGAAACUUUACACUAGAGGUUCGUAUCAUUGUAGCUCUGAUGUACGCCGCUCUGAGUCCUUUCCUGAACCCAGUAAUCUACAGUCUGAGGAACAAGGAGCUGCAAGAGUCCAUGAGAAGGACUUUGAUGAGGUUCAGGCCUGCUACUGUUUCAGCCAUGAAGGUCGUCAACAUAGCAUCCUGACUGGGAAGGAAACCCGCCUCUCUGUUUUCUGGACACAAGAAAAAAGAAAACCUAACAUUCAGGCAAUUUAGGGUUCAAUCUCCUGAAAUAGAUUACAGUGCUAAGCUUGUGUCUAAACUUCAGGCACAAAGCACAUAUGGACGUGUGCAGCAAUGUUUUGUGAUUUUUGUGACCACAGACACAGACGUUAAUCUUUUUUUCUGCUAUAGUCAGUUCUGGCCAUCAGUUGGUAUUAAACAACACACUGAGCUUCAUUAACAGUAUCAUGAGAUGCAUUCAAGUACAUGAUCAAAAUUCAGUCUGCUGAAAUUCAUGUUUUACUCACCCUAAUUUCUUCAAGCAAGUACUGUUUCAUAAGCUAGCUUUCAGCGUUUAUGCUUCACCACUUUGUUCAACCACUGUUUCACUAGCAACUUUAUAGCAUUAUUGGCCAUUCUUAUGGAAAUUUAGAAAUGAAGUGAAGAACACAAGAUCAGUCUUUGUGACAUUUAAUUAUAAGCCCCUGCAACAAGACAGUGCAUACAGAAAGCAGAGGUCUCCACAGGCAAAGACCAAAGUACAGCAUGAGAACUCCCUCUUUAUAAAAUAAGUAGACAUAACAUGAUGUCCCUGCAUGUUGAACACUAUGCUCUACAUCCCAACUGUUGUACUCAGAUAAAUAUUGUAAACUCAAUGGUCUCAAAACUUAUCUGACAAUAGUUUAACCAGUAUAAAACAGAAAAAGCAUCUUUCAGUUAACAUUACACUUGAUAGAAUUUCAAUCAUACCACAGGGUAUGUACCAUAUAUAUAUUUAAUUGUGAUUAAUAGCAUGAUUGUAAUUUAUUGGAUGUGUGAUUAUCACUCAUGUUUUAUGAUGACCCUCGGGCUGCACUGUAUUUUGGGAAAUCAGUGACUAGCAAAAAAAUCUGGUGACUUUUUGGAAAGAGUUUAUCUACUGACUAUGCAGGAGAGUUGCAAGGGCAACUACGCAACACUGGAGGACGAUGAGUCUCCACAAUGUGACUGUGUGAAGAGAUUUAUGU